AUGUCAUCGAGAAUUACACCUCUUAACCCUAAGCCAUUUCUAAAUAGUUUGGUUGGAAAUCGAGUUAUCAUAAAAUUAAAAUGGGGAAUGGAAUAUAAAGGAAAUCUUAAAUCGUUUGAUGCUUAUAUGAAUAUAAGACUAACAAGUGCCGAAGAAUGGAUACGAGGGGAAUAUAAAGGAACAUUGGGAGAGAUAUUUUUAAGGUGCAACAACGUUUUGUAUAUUAGGGAAGAUAACGAAACGGAGCAAUCCGAAGAAUGA